UGGUGAUUUGUGAGAGUUUCAUUUUAAAAUUUAUAAAGAUGUCAUGUUGUCUUCAUGAUUUUCUGCAUCUAUUUUUGUCCCGAAAGAAAAGUUUGUUAAUGUAGUAUUAGAGAGUACAAUCAGAAUCAUUUAAGAACCCUUAAAAGAGAAUUCCAGUGUUAUAUUAAGGACAAAUUUCAGCAUGUACAGAAGAAAGAAAUAUUCUCUAAAGGAAGCUGAGGAAGAAUAUAUUUUAUCAGCGGAAUGCAUAACCAGUACAUGUAAAUCCACGGAUGAUCUCAAAGAAAAUGCAAAGUCAAAUUAUCGUAGCAUAAGCUGCAGAUCUUUCUUAGGUUUCUUUUAUAUUUUCAUGUGCAGCAUUUUUAUUACGCUUUCAUCCGUCAUUGUCAAGAAGCUCAACUAUAUAGAUCCAGGACAAUUAUCAUUCAUUCGAAAUUUUGGCGUCUUCGUUGGCAGCUUACCUAUUGCUGUUUAUUACAACAAGAACAUCUUAGGUCCGAAAGAGUUUCGGAUUGCUUUAAUAACCCGAUCCCUUCUUGGGGCAACUGCACUUUAUUUGAACCUAAUGGCAUUCAGGUAUCUCCCACUUGCUGAAGCGGCCGUCAUAAUGUCAACUCUGCCAGCUUUGGCAGGAGUAACUGCAAGGUUAUAUCUUAAAGAACCUUGUGGUCUAGUGCAAGCAUGUGCUACUGUUUUAACAGUAUGCGGAGUACUUCUUUCUAUUCAAAUACCAGAGCUCAUCAAGAAAAGACAAAAUGUGGAGUUCAACAAGACCUACAUAAUAGGACUUGCCUGUGCUGUGGGUUGCGUUUUCAUCCUUUCUGCAACUUUCGUGUUGGUCAGGAAGAUGAAAGAUGUCCAUUUUUCAAUUACAGUUAUUUAUUCGGGUUUUCUGGGAAUGUUGGAAAACGGAGCAAUUGCGGCUGCUGUAUCUUCCUAUUCUUCGCCACGAUGUGGUUACGACACUUUCCUGAUACUACUGAUCGCAGCCUUUGGAUUUUUAGGACUUUGCGGACUUAUAUUGGCCAUACAGACAGAAGCUGUGGGUAUUGUGACUGUAACAAAAGCUUCUUUAGAUAUUACCAUCGCUAUGGUGUUUCAAGUGAUAUUCUUUAACACUCAUCCCAACAUUUACAAUGCGGGUGGUGCAAUACUUGUUGUUCUUUGUAUAGGAGUCAUUGGUAUUAGAAAAUGGCUCCUAGAAAUGCCAGAGGAAGCGACAUUGAGAAAGAGGCUUAAAUAUUUAUUGCUGUGAAGACCAUUAGUAUAUCAACUAACAUACCUAGCUGUUUAGACUGUAUCAAAACAGAUUUGCACAAGUAGAACUAAGAAUUAAACAAGAGAGACUUUAUACUGGACAAUAUUUAUAUGUUUAUGUGAAAGGAAUUUCUGUGUGCUGAGCACAUGUUACACUAAGUAACAGCUUUUUACAAGAAAAGAUACUUUAUGGUAUUAUAUAUAUUACAAAAAUUUAAAAAAGAGAUUAAAAGUGUCCUUAAUAAAACUAUAGAAAGUAAUUUAACUACUUAAUUUUAAACUAUGUUCAUGAUGUUUUUAAAAAGUGAGAGAGAGAAGCAAUAUUCGAUUCACUUACUUAUUAUAACAAAUUACUUUAUUGUAGCAAAUUACUUUAUUAUAGGCAAAUUACUUAUUAUAGGUUACUUAUUGUAGCAAAUUACUUUAUUAUAGGCAAAUUACUUAUUAUAGGUUACUUAUUACAGGCAAAUUACUUAUAGUAAAUUACUUAAUAUAGUUUACUUAUUAUAUCGAAUCACCAUACUUUCAACUAUUGCAACUUUAUGGACUGGUUUAUAGGAAAACGACCUCCCCCCAAAGAAAAAUAACAAAUAUUUUGCUUCAGGGAGUGUUUUGACAAAUGAAGCAAAUAUCUUUGAAAAAAUAUUGAAGAUAUUCAGUGUAAUAUGACGUUAAGACGGAAUACGAAAUUUUAUGAAGUCAUGGUUCAAGAACAAAACGAAAUUCAGCGGACACUGCUUUAGCAAAUAUUCUUUUGUAUACAAAAUGCAUUAUUUGUUUUUACAAAUGUUUUCUUCUUAAAUUAUUUCCACUGCUUGCAGAACUUCGUUUUUUUUCACUGAAAAUGUUUAACUGCAAUUUUUUUUAGAAUAAAGAAAAUUUUUU